AAUCAGUCACUUUCAUCACUGGCCAGUGUGUACUGGCUACCAUCAGCUUGAAUAUGAUUGGUUGACACAGACACUUCCCCAAUUUUAUAACAACCCUAAUUCAAAGUAAUUUUAUCUUUUUUGUCUGAAUGUUUCACAUCUCAAAAACUUUGCAUUUCUACAGAGAUGUGUAAGACUUUUUAUACCCACUGUAAUACUGACUGUCUGUUGAAAUGCAGUCCCCGCUACUUCUCUCUUUGUCGCAGAGAAAUCUCGUUCUAUCUCACGUAAAAGGAAAAGAAAGUUAAAGUCAGGAAGUUGACUGAAGUAGAGGAAACGGAACAGAGUUAUUCAAGCACAUCGCUCUAGAGCCGUAGUAAGUAUUUAGGCUGGCUGACCUCUCGCUGCUAUAGAGACUGUCUGUAGGGAAGACCAUACAGCUGUGUAAGGCAAAGCCUCAGCCCAGAAAUAAAAGAGAACAUGGACUUAGGUGUGGCCGCGCUACAUUUGCUGCUCUGAUUUUCUGAUCACAUGCCUAAUAUUUGAUCGGUGCAAGAGGACUACAACUGUGCCACCUUAAUUCUGUUUUGAAAACCCGAGCAUGGUUUGUGCCAAAAGCAUUGCAGCAAUCGGCCUUCAUGCUAGACAUACGUUCCAUGUAGCAUGAACCAAGCCAGGGACUGUAAGGAUGACUGAGGUUACUGUCCCAUCCAGAAUGCGGAAGGGCCUCUUGAAGGAUCCUGAUAUAGCGGAUCUAUUUUGCAAGGAGGAUCCAGAGAGCACAUUUGUAGAUCUGCAUGAAAUUGGACAUGGCAGCUUUGGAGCAGUUUACUUUGCUACAAACUCUACAAAUAAUGAAGUGGUUGCUAUUAAGAAGAUGUCCUAUAGUGGGAAACAGAUGAAUGAGAAAUGGCAGGAUAUAGUGAAGGAAGUGAAAUUUCUUCAACAGCUGAAACAUCCCAACACCAUAGACUACAAAGGAUGCUACUUGAAAGAACAUACCGCUUGGUUGGUAAUGGAAUACUGCCUGGGAUCUGCUUCAGAUUUGUUAGAAGUUCACAAGAAGCCACUUCAGGAAGUGGAAAUAGCUGCCAUUACUCACGGUGCCUUGCAGGGGCUGGCCUACCUGCAUUUUCAUAAUAUGAUUCACAGGGAUGUUAAAGCUGGGAAUAUACUGCUUACUGAGCCUGGUCAGGUAAAAUUAGCAGACUUUGGAUCUGCGUCUAUAGCAUCACCUGCCAAUUCCUUUGUGGGAACGCCAUACUGGAUGGCCCCAGAAGUUAUUUUAGCAAUGGAUGAAGGCCAGUAUGAAGGCAAAGUUGAUAUCUGGUCUCUUGGUAUUACUUGCAUUGAAUUAGCUGAACGGAAGCCCCCUUUAUUUAAUAUGAACGCAAUGAGUGCCUUAUACCACAUAGCCCAGAAUGAGUCCCCUACACUACAGUCUAACGAAUGGUCGGACUCAUUCCGUGGAUUUGUGGACUACUGCUUGCAGAAAAUACCUCAGGAACGGCCCACAUCUGCUGAUCUGCUGCGGCAUGACUUCGUACGCAGAGACAGGCCGGCGCGGGUCCUUUUAGAUCUGAUACAGAGGACUAAGGAUGCUGUCAGGGAGUUGGACAACCUGCAAUACAGGAAAAUGAAAAAAAUUCUCUUCCAAGAAUCCCGCAAUGGUCCACUUAAUGAGUCUCAGGAAGAUGAUGAGGACAGCGAGCACGGGACCAACCUGACUGCAAAGAUGGACAGCCUUGGCAGCAAUCAUUCCAUACCAAGCAUGUCGGUCAGUACGGGUAGCCAGAGCAGCAGUGUGAACAGCAUGCAGGAAGUAAUGGAUGACAUGAGUCCAGAGCUGAUAUUGGUUACAAGCUAUGGCUGCGGCGGCUAUGAUUCCACCUCUUCUUUGGUUCCAAAAAAGGAUCAUGCAUUCAUAAGGGAUGAGGCGGACCACAGGGAUCCCAGGCCUGAGCUGCGGCCUACCCAGUCAGUGCAAAGUCAGGCACUUCAUUACCGGACCCGCGAGCGAUUCGCUACAAUCAAAUCAGCAUCUUUGGUUACAAGGCAGAUCCAUGAGCAUGAGCAGGAGAACGAGUUGCGGGAACAGAUGUCAGGAUAUAAGCGGAUGCGGCGCCAGCACCAGAAGCAGCUGAUCGCCCUGGAAAAUAAGCUGAAGGCUGAGAUGGACGAGCACCGCCUUAAGCUGCAGAAGGAGGUGGAGACUCAUGCCAACAACGCGUCCAUCGAGCUGGAAAAGCUUUCCAAGAGGCAAAUCGUAGGCAUGGAUAAAGAGGCAAAGAUGGCUGCAGCGGAUGAAAGGAGAUUUCAACAGCAGAUCAUAGCCCAACAAAAGAAAGACUUAACAUCGUUCUUAGAAAGUCAGAAAAAGCAGUACAAGAUUUGCAAGGAAAAGAUUAAAGAGGAAAUGAAUGAGGAUCAUAGCACGCCCAAGAAAGAAAAACAGGAACGCAUAUCAAAGCAUAAAGAGAACCUCCAGCACACUCAGGCUGAGGAAGAAGCUCAACUCCUUAGCCAACAGAGACUGUACUAUGAGAAAAACUGCCGACUCUUCAAGAGGAAGAUAAUGAUCAAAAGGCAUGAAGUUGAGCAGCAGCACAUCCGUGAGGAGCUCAAUAAGAAGAGAACCCAGAAAGAAAUGGAGCAUGCCAUGUUAAUCCGGCACGACGAGUCCACUCGAGAGCUGGAGUACCGGCAGUUGCAUAUGUUGCAAAAGCUUCGGAUGGACCUUAUACGUCUGCAGCAUCAGACUGAACUGGAAAACCAGUUGGAAUACAACAAGCGCAGGGAAAGGGAGUUGCACCGGAAACAUGUAAUGGAACUCCGGCAGCAACCCAAAAAUCUCAAGGUGAUGGAAAUGCAGAUAAAGAAACAGUUUCAAGACACAUGCAAAGUGCAGACCAAGCAGUACAAGGCCCUGAAGAAUCACCAGCUGGAGGUAUCCCCAAAGUGUGAGCACAAGACAAUACUCAAGUCCCUGAAGGAUGAGCAGACACGCAAACUGGCCAUACUUGCUGAACAGUAUGAGCAAAGCAUCAAUGAGAUGAUGGCUUCACAAGCGUUGCGCUUGGACGAGGCUCAGGAAGCAGAAUGCCAGGCUCUUAGGCAACAGCUUCAACAGGAGAUGGAGCUACUGAAUGCCUACCAGAGCAAGAUCAAGAUGCAAACAGAGGCACAGCAUGAGCGUGAACUGCAGAAGCUGGAGCAAAGGGUGUCUCUCCGAAGAGCUCACCUGGAACAGAAGAUUGAAGAGGAGUUGGCUGCCCUUCAGAAGGAGCGCAGUGAGAGGAUCAAGCAUUUGUUUGAACGCCAGGAAAGAGAAAUUGAAACCUUCGAUAUGGAAAGUUUACGGUUGGGCUUUGGAAAUCUGGUGACGUUAGAAUAUCCCAAGGAGGACUAUAGAUGAGAGAGGCCAGUUUUUGCCAUUUAAAUAAAAGAACAAUAAUAAUAUUAACAGUGACAGCAAGGAGAACCUGCAAAACGUACAUUCCCCAUUUUAACGGGCGUGCUCUCUCUCUCUUCUCUCUCUCCCUCCCUUUAUCUCUCUCUUUCACUCUAUCUCUCUGUCUCUAUCUAUCUCUGACGUCCGUCGGACACUAGUGCCUGUAAUUCUUUUUACUCACCAGGGUGCCUCUGGGCAAAUCUGAGCACGGAGCAAGCUCCCUGGCAUACCUCUCAAGUGUCCCUGAUUGUCACUCAAAAUUUCAAUCCAUCAGAACAUUGGUGCUUGUUAUACAAACCGAAGAUUCAAACAGCGGGAAGGAGUCUUGAAGUUAAAGUUGUGUUUUGUGUCGAAACUCUUCCUUUAUUCAUAACCCCUUUUGUGGAAAGAGAUAACUUGAUUAUUCAAAGUUUUGUCCAUGAUGUUCCUUGGGGAAGAUGUUGAGAGGUAUGUGGUUUUAUCAGUGUGAGGAUUGAGAGGUAUGUAUCUUCUAUGCCUCUGUCAGAGGGCUUAUGAGGGCUCUGUGUCUUUUGGCCAGGCUUUGGCAGAAGGUGAGAAGUGUGUGUCCCUGGUGUCUCUUGAGUACUUUGAGGGGUGAAAGCUACAUGUUUAUGAUUCCUCUGCUGAGACUAAAAAAAUGUGUCUCCUGCAGUUUGGUAAGAAGUCAGCUCCAUAGUUUCAGAUGGUUUCAUAACCCAUGAUGCACAAGUUGUCAGUCUGUGAUUAACCCCUUCAGCCCUGAGCCAGUUUAGUGGCAGUGUAUAAGUUAAAUCUGGUGAUUGAUUUUUACCUUUUUAAAGACUGUGGUCAUUUUGGCACUUUUAGAAGUUUGGUUACGAUGAGCUUACCACCUCUCUUGUACUGGGUUGGUAUCCAGUAAAAACUAACCUUCCAAUCUUCUAAAGUGCCUAACACUAAAAACUAAAACUCAGGGAUGAAGAGAUUAAUUUCUUGAUGUUCAGUAACACAUUUGAGAGACUAGAGAGAAAUGAGGAGAUACACAUAAAAUACAAACCAACAUAAAAUGUGAAUAACUGUUGGUUGCUACAAACAUUUUAUUCUGUUUAAAGUACAAGCAAAAAAAAAAUAUAUAUACAAUUUAAUACAUAAAAGAGAGAGAGAAGCAUAAAACUGCAGCCUUAAGGUUACUGCUGCUGCGUUAAACAUUGUUGUUUUUUUGGUAUUUGUUCGUCAGGAAUAAAAAAAAAAAGAGAUUUUAUUAAACUAUUGAGGUUUGAUACAUUUUACAGAAACCAAUCAUGUUGUAUAUAUAUAUAGACAUAUUGUUGGGAGGGGGAGAAGCAGAAUUUGGGGGGUUGUUUGGGCAGAUGGGGAGGGUAGAAUGUCUUGUGAUAAUAUAUAUAUUUUGUUUCAUUUUUUAUUUUUUUAUUUUCUUGUUUGUUUUUUUCCUUUUUUUUUUUUAGUUUUUCUUUGUUUUAAUUUUUUUUUUUUUCUUUUUGAUGACUUAUGCUGGCCGGAGCAGAAAUUGACUUUGAAUUUUCAUUGCACUUUUGGCUCCUAAUCAAUGGUACUUUUUACUCCAGUCCUGGUUUUCUUAUAUGUAUAUACCAUAUGUAUUCUUAACUGACAUAAGGCAGCUGGGAAAUUAAGACCAAAAUACACUAUUUAUCAAUGACUUUGGCAAGGUAAGGUGCCAGAGAAUAAUUUUUGCUAAAUCUUUGCAAUAUAUUGCUAAUGUAUGCCAGGAUGUAAAAAAAUAAUUAAAACCAUCAAAGGUUAAGUAAAUUUACAGAGUGUGUACAUGUGAUGUACACGGAGUGUGUACAUGUGAUUGGUGAAUUCUACCAGCUCUCUGCUCCAAUCCAUGUGACAGUGUGUCCACGCCGUAUGCAGCCAGUUAAUUGUUUUCGCUGCCUAAACCCAAGUAAAUACAUUUUUAUACAUAGGAGUGGACACAGUUUCGAAAACUGGAUUUGAAAGGAGUACUUGGGUAGAAAAUUAAGAUUUCUUUAUUUCUUUGGUAUUAAUAUAUCUUUAUUAAAAAAAAAAAAAAAAAAACGGAUUGUGAAUACAUAUGCCUCAGUCAAUAAAUACUGUAUAUCCCUGGUUCCUGGUACAAUUCUAGUUCCUGCUUUCAUUAGUCCUGGAACCUGAGCAUGGAAGAAAGUACUGUAUUUGCUUCACAAGAAGUUUUUUGUUCAGCACUAAUUGUAGCUAAUUAUCCUUUAAGCCCAUCAGGUUGAAAGGUGGAAUUUCAGGGUUUAUUUCUUUCUGUCUGUCUUUUUUUAUUUUUUUUUCCUUUUUUAUUUUCUUUUUUUUUGUGUUCCUUUUUUUCUCCCAUAAUUUUAUUUUUUGGGUGGAGGGCAUAAAAAUUUAAUAGAUAAUGGCUGUGAUGUACUGAGUCAGUGUUUCCUCAAAGAACAUUUCAGUGUGUUCAUAAAAAAUAUUGCAUAAAUAUGAACAAAAUAAGAAAACCACUUUUAGAGAGAGAGUAUUUUUGAAGCUGAAAAUUCUGUAUAAAAAUUGAUGUUAGACAAGUAAUGUAUCGUAUUUGUUCAAGAAUAUUAUAAGAAAAAUCAAACUUUGCGGACUAUUUUUUGGCACAAAAUAAUAAGUUAAAGAUACUUAUUUUAUUUUUAAGAGAAUUGAAUUAAAAAAUAAUAUAUAGAGUCUCAAUUAAUAAAUGCAUUUAAUACGUUCCCCUUUUUCGUCUGUAAACUGCUUUUACAAAUGCUGUUUAAGUGGUAUUUGCAGGGCAAGUGAAUCAAAUCAAGCGUGCCCUGCUUGGAUUUUAAUAUUUACCGUCCUCAUUUUUAAAGAUCUUAUGCUCUGGCUUAGUACAUCUUGGUCCUAAUUUAUAAGUGUGAAAAAGGUCCUCUAGAGUAAAGCAUUUUUAUUAAAUUUAAUGCAGUUAGUUAUUCAUAUAAUGGUCUCUGUUCUUCCUGGAUACAUGUAGCUGUAUUUUCACACACAAUGCUACCACAUUGCACUUUUGUUGAGUGUACAAAUUUAAAUUUCAAAAUAUUUGAUUUUUAUUUUGUGUUGAUUUCCUGGAAAAUACAUUCAGUUCAUAAAAUAAUUCUUUUACAAGAAUAUUUUAUAUGGAAACUUGUCAGUUAUAUUGAUAAUUAUUGGACACCAAAGCCAGUAUCUGAAAACAAAAAGAAAAAAUUGUUUCAUCAUUUCAGUGCAUACUUCUUGUAUUGAGGAGAAACCUGAAUUUAAGGUAAAGCAUAUACAAUAUUUUGAGAUAUUUUAGUUUUUGGGAAUUGGCACAAUUACACGCAAAUAAAACUGAAAAUUGAUAAGAA